AAAGGAGUCUUCAAGUGAGGCAGUAUCCGUAAGAAAUUAUCAAAAGAGGGUACGAACUCGUCGCAAGAAUACAAAAUGUAAGAUAAUAGGAUCUCGUAUGGAUGGAAUAUUCAAAACAUACAUUAAUGAUAUUGAAUAUAGAGUGAUUGAA